GUAGCGGUUGUAGCGGUUGGGACGUCUGUUUCUGUGUUGUAACUUUUGUCUCCGUUCCAGUAUAGUUCCAGUGUUAUACGUAUAUAUUUAAGAAAAUAUUGCUCCUUGCAGUAGAUAUUGGUUCACCAGACUUCGCAGGCGUGCUAGUUUAACUGUCUUGCGCGAGCGUUGUCGAAAUGGAUGAUAUUGAAGAAUAUGCCAGGAAGCUCGCGGAACGCACCAAGGCCAGGGGCAAAAACUUGCAUCACAAAACGGCGGAACCAACUCCCCCAAAGCGCAGUCUAACUGCUGAUGAUUUAAAUUAUCAUUGUGCUGACACUGAAAAGAAGGUUUCACCUCCAAAGCGACAAUGUCUUGGGGAUGACAAGGAGAAUGCAGAUGCACAGUCAAAAAGAGUUGGAACAUUGCGAAGCUUGAAGGAGUCUCCAUCAAAACUGGCAUCCAAGAGUGCAGAAGAUGCUGAAUGGGUGGCAUUACCAAGAUAUGCACUCGCUGGGGAUGACAACGAGGCACCUAGGGGACUGGCAGCUCUCAGACGGAAACGUGAUGUGUCACCAAAUUUUGGCUCUAAGGAAAGUUGCCAGGCCCUCAGUCAGGCAGUGGCCCUUGAUGACGAACGCAAGAGAGCACCCAGGGGCCUGGCAGCUCUUCGGAGAAGGCAAGAGGUGUUACUUGAAGCAGAUAUAGUUCCAUCUAGCACCAGUGGGUCAAAAUCAACCCUUGCGAAGAUAGACAAGCCUAAGCAGCCUGCUAGCAGUAAUGAGGUGGAGGUGAACAGACUCCAUGCAAGUUCACAGAAGAAUAACAACUGGGACCCCAAGGUUAUUGCCAGCUUGGAAGCCCAGGGCUUCAUGAAAUCCCCAUCGGCUUCAAAGUUAAGCUACUCAUUUAAGCCAAAUGCCUGCCAUGAAGCACCUGACAACUCUGAUUGCCUUUCUGGAGUGGAAACAUAUGAAGUGUCCAGCACUGUCUCUCCUCCGCUGCCACCACCAUUGCCCUCAGCGAAAACUGUUGUCAACACUAAGAAAACAGUAGCAAAAGUGAACAUGCCCAGUGUAACAACCAUGCACCAGCAACCACUAAAUAAUUCUCGUCAAGGUGGUUUGCCACAAAGGUCUGAAGCUCAGCAAAUGGUACGAGAUCCUAGUGAGCUGUCACUGCAGCAACGGAAGGCUCUCUUUGAAGCUGCAGUGGUUGCUGAGCAGGCACAGCAGCCCUGUGAGGCACCUGAGAAUUUGUCUGUGGCCCAGCGUAAGGCACUGUUUGAACAGCAGAUGAAACUCUCCAAGGCAGCAGCAGAGCGCUCAUAUCCGACAGUGAAGCAAAACAAGCCUCUAGAAAAGCUUGCGAGUAACCAAGCCAAAACCUCUGUUGCACCAAGUCACUGUGAGGUCACAGUGGAGGAGCCAGAGCGACACUGCAGUGUUGCUGAGGCACGUGCCAGGCUGGAGGCUAUGACACAGCAGAAGGAACGGGAAUUGACACCAGAGUUUCAAAGCUUCAAAACUGUUACACUGCUAUCAUCUGUUUCUAACAAUGCUUGUCCUGGAGAAAGUCCUGUGAGUAGUACUGGCAGUGUAGGAAGCAUCACACAUGCACAUUUUUCUACUAUGGUACAGCCUACACCAAAACGUGUGGAGAUGUCAGUGUCUGACUCAUUCGAGGAGUGUGAAUACAAACCUCAUGUUGGCAUUGUUUCAGAGAAUAGCUCUGACUUGUCAACUUCGAGUGAGAGUCCCAGAACAGUGCAACCAGCAGUCCUAAGCUCAACAUAUGAAGAUGAAGUUAUGGAUGAGUCUGGCUUAGGGGAUAGCUGGGAGCAAACACUAGAAGAUGUUGAAGGUGCAGCUCGAAAAAUGGUCAGGAAUCCCUGUGAUGUGGCUGCAUAUGACAAGCAUUAUGCUCAGGUAAAGGCAUUGGAGGAAGAAAUAGCAAAGCAAAAGGCUCUGAUGACGGAAAGCACGACAGAGACCCGAGAAGAGUUUAGAAACCACAAUUUUGAAGUCAACAAAGAGGGCACCUCUCCCGAAAAAGAGUGUGUAGUGGGUUCCAUGAAGAAAGAAGUAUCGAAAAAUCGUCUGUACCCUGAACUUCCCCCCAUGGACUGGAAUGAUGUCCCUACAGUUACCCCUCCACCUAAGCCCAGCAGGGCUCCUCCACCCCCAGAGGAUGACCAGCCACUAGUGCACACGCAGAGCGUUUACAGGCGUAAAGUAUGCACUCCGAUACGACAAGCAGAGCAGCCUUCAAAGCCUUGUCAGAUGCAGCUUCCAUCUCUAGUGCAAUUGACCAACCAGCUGGACAUACAAGAACAAAUAAGAGCUUUGUGCCGGGAAGCAGAAGCUCAGUCAGUAGUGAUGGCUCAAGCAAGCCGGGCAUUGGAUGUGUGUCGCUCCACAAUGGAGUUUCUUGGCUCUGCUGAACAAGUAGAAGGAGAACGCCUGCUUUUGCUUGCAACGGAACGCAGGCAAGCUUGCCUGGCAGAAGUUGAACGACUCAAGACGCGUGGUGGCUGUGGAGAUGAUGAAGUGGUUCCAGAAAGAGCCUGUCUGACUCUGAGCCAACUGCAGCUGCCCCUCAAGAGAGAGUUUCUGGCUGCUCAACUCGAAGGAAUACUUGGGGAAGAUGUGCAUUACUUCCUAUGCUUGGUGAAGCAUGGAGCCCAGGUGCUGGCCAGCCAGAUGCUGUCGACCACCGACAAUGCUGGCACCAAUGCUCUCUCCUUCAGCAACCACAUGACGUUGCGGGAUCUUAGGGCAGACUUUUCAGUCAAAGUGCAGAUCUAUGCCUUGCAAACUAAAAAAGAAACUUUGCCACACCAUCGCAAGUACCGCAUUGGUGGAAAGGAUGGCAAGCACAAAUCAACACCUAAAAGCAGCAGCAAAGGAAGCGUUAGCAAGUCUACCCUGUCUCCUGCAACUGUAUGUCCACCAUCAGGGUCACAUGUACGGACACCUAGUUUUGGGCUUGUUGGCUCUGUACGGUUAACAGUUGGAAACUGUCGACGCUCAACUUUCAACCUUGAAAAGGUUCCUCCAAACUCCCCCCUUGAAGGGACACUCCUUGUGCAAUUGAUGCUAAGACCUGAACAUCACCAUGAGCUUCGAGGAUUCCUGUCCAUGUUUGAAGAAGUGGGAGGAUUUGGUGCCUGGCACAGGCGUUGGUGUGUGCUAGCAGAGAACAGACUGUCCUACUGGCGCUACCCUGAAGAUGAAGGCAGCAAGGAACCAGUAGGUCAACUGGAGCUGAGCCAGUGCACCAGUCCAGAGGCACGUCUAGCAUCACGUGAUUUAUGUGCACGACCUCACACAAUAGUUUUGCACAUAAGCGGCAAGGACCACCUGCUUUCUGCUGACACGAGGGAGGAAAGGCAGAGCUGGUGCUCGUAUUUGACGAGUGUUUUGAAGAGCUUGCGUACCUGGGCAGGCAUGGGGAACAACUGAUGGUAAUGCUGUCACCUCCGUGCAGUCUGGCUAAGUGAAGUCCUUUUAUGGUUCUUGAUUAGCUCUUUUACAAACUACCACAGUGCAAGCUUGAAGUGGGUGGUCAUCGUGCAGGUGCAAGCAUGGUAAUGCCACUGUUGUAAUGUCACCAUUUAAUUUUAGCACUAGUAGUCAGGAGUAGUCUUGCUCAUUGCAUCCUAUAUGUCAUGUUCAGCUGCAUUGGUGGUUUGCAGAUACCCUUUGCAAUUUCAUUUUUGUCUGGGGUCCUGUGGUGGACGUGGAAAAAAAAAACUUAAUCUUAACUGAACAUUGUCAAGAUAUGUUUCAGUUUGUAUUAAGCUGAAUGUGACAGGGUUUUAUGUAUAUAUAUUUGAUUGUAUGUGGCUGACUGGGCUGAUACUGGCUACAGGCCAGUGUAGUUUGCAGUAAGGUUAGUUGUGCUCUUCUUAUUCCUUAUUUUAUGUUCAUGUUGUGUUCAUCUUAGAUAAGAUACGAAUUUAUCCUGCAUUUAGCUUUUAUGUAUUAGCCGCAUGUACUGUCCUAUGAAAAUCCAAUCAUGCAUGAA